AUGGCUAGCCAGAAUGAGCCAGAAUAUGUGACUCUUGUAUCCAGUGAUGGAUUUGAGUUCAUUGUUCCCCGCAGUGCUGCUUGCAUAUCCGGGACUAUUCGGCGCAUGCUCGACCCUACAAGUAAAUUCUCGGAAGCUUUGACUGGUCGAUGUGUAUUGGAGACUUUAAAUGGCGUUGUUCUCGAGAAAGUCUGCGAAUACUUCCUUUAUAAUGAAAAGCACAAGGAUCAGGCCAAUGUGCCGGACAUGGAAAUUCCAGCUGAGUUGUGUCUGGAGCUUUUGAUGGCGGCCGACUACUUGGACACCUAG